GAGUUUUGAAUUUGAAUCAGUGCGUUAGAACUCUUCGUGCGUUGCUGUAACUAGCUACUAAUUUUCGAGUGAACUACUUCGUCCAAACUUAAGCCAUGUCUUUUUCAAGAGCUCCAGUGAAACGAUUUAAUGAAAAUAUCGGCUGCGCCCCAGCACCGGGCACAUAUGAGCUGAAACCAGGAGAGGUGAAGGGACCUGCCUCUUUCCACCGAUCAGAGCGCUUCAAACUGCUCAAAGCCAGUGGUGCUCCUUUCAUCCCACCACCAUCUCCUUCUAAAGAUGUUCCCAUGUCACCUGUGGCUGUGCGUAGGACCAUGUCUGUGGAUGGCCUGGUUGAUGGGUCCAUGUCAAAGAAAGACAAGAGCGGCCAAUCGAUGCAGAUGAAACAGCAGAAACUCCUGGAGAAAGAGAUCCGGUCCCUGGUGCAGCAGCGCGGGGAGCAGGACAGGCGCCUGGUAACCCUGGAGGAGGAGCUGAGGAAGGUGGAGGCCAAGCUGUUGUCUGCGGUCAGGGAGAAGACUGGUCUGGCAGCUAACGUCACCACCCUGGAGAGACAGCUGGCUGAGCUUAAGAAGACUAACGAGUUCCUCAAGAACAAGGUUUCUGCAGACACCACUAAGAAGAGGAUCCAGUCUCUGUCUAUGGAGCUGAUGGAGGCCAGAAACAAAUUGGACGUCAAUGACAAGGAGCUGAGUUUCCUCCAGAUCAGUACAGAGGGCCAGGUGAAGUUGCUGGAGACAGACCUGGAGGCAGCCAGAGCUACACUCACCGCCCUGAGGGAGAGGAACAAGGACCUGGAGGACCUCCACCAUGACACCAAAGUCCAGAACGAGGAGCUGGAGAAUGAUAUGGAUACGCUGCAAGCUGUGAUCCAGGAGCUGAGAGAGGAAGUCAAUGUUCUUCAGGGUUACCUGGACACAGCCAACGACCACAUCCAGGAUCUGCGUAUGAAGCUUCAUGGGAAGACCGAGAUGGUGAACAGCAUCUCUGAGUCUCAGCAGGAGAAACUGGGCCAUCUUGAGCAGAAACUUGAGCAGUGCACCGCGGAGCUUGAAAACUCUCAGAACACUCUCCGUCAGAAGGAGGAGGAGUCAGAGAAAGGUCAGCGGGACCUGCAGGCUUCCCGUGAUGCUUUGCAGGAGACUGAGAAGCUUCUGGAGCGGCGAGAGGCGGAGCUGAUGUCCUCCCAGAAGGCAUUGGGAGAGAUGGAGGUACAGAUGCAACGGGCCAACCAGGAAGUGUCUGACUCCCAGAUUGCAGUGCGGCAGCAAGAGACGGAGCUAGUGCGGCUGCGAGAGGUGCUGAGGAGGACAGGGGAGGAGCUGGAUGAGAAAGUAGCUCACCUGGAAGAGAAGUGCAAGGUCCUGGAGGAGGAGAGCGUUAGUAGCCAGGGGAGAGUGGAGGAGCUGAAGGCAGAGCUGAGCCUCCUGCGGGAGAACAGGAGGAGUGAGGAGGAGGUGCAGGAGCAGCUGGAGCAGACACACACCUCCCUGGCUGAGGAGCUGAAGCAGGAAAAGGAGCAUGCAGCCUCCCUGGCCUCAGUGCUGGAGAGGGUGAGGGAGGAGACAGAGGAGGAAAGAAAACAGUUGGAGGAUGAGUUGGAGGAGGCUCUAGGAGUGCUGUCGGUUCUGGAGUUGCAGGAUGAGCGGAGAGGGGAGGCCCUACUGGGUCUCCAACAGGAGAAGACUGAGUUGGAGAGAGAGCUGACUGAGGCCAGAGCACUGCUAGACAGGAGGAGCAGUGACGUGCAGGUGGUACACUCUACCAUGAGGAGGCUGCAGGAGGAACACACCACCUCCCUCAGCAAGAUAGGAGACCUGGCCACUGAACUGGAGAGCUCCAGGCAGGCCCUGAAGGGAGCAGAGGAGAGGGGUAGAGCGCUGGAGGAAGAGGUGGAGAGGGUGACGAAGCAGAUGAAAGAAGAGAUGGAGAGAGUGAAUCAGUGUAAAGAGGUGGAGGUGAAGAAAGUGAGGGAGGAGAUGGAAGGGGAGCAGGAGAAACAUCUAGCUGACCAGCAGGCUCAGGAGAAAGCAAGAGCGGAGUAUGCAAGAAUGCUGUUGGCGGCACAGACUCGUCUAGCUCAGAGAGAUGAGGAGAUGAAGCGGGCUGAGGAGGAGGUGCAGAGACAGCUGCAGGAGGAGAGGAUGGAGAAAGAGGAGGUUCAAAGGCUACUGGAGCAGGAGAAAGGAGAGAGGGAGGUGCAGAGAAGAGACUUGAAGCAAUGGAUGUCAGAGGAGGUGGAGAGGCUAGAGAGACAGGUGGAGGUGUUAGAGGAGGAGAAGCUAGCUCUUCAGUGCUUGGUAGGAGAGGUGGAAAAGGAGAAACUGAGCCUUCACAACCAGUUGGAGAAGAUGGAGGAUCAGGUAAAGAAAGAUCUGCCCUGUCUAGAGAACCACAUGGAGGUAGAGAAAGAGAGGGAUGAACUGAAAACGGUAGUGGAGAUGUUUGAAAUAGACAAACGGGGCCUUCAGGACCAGGUAGAACUAAUACACAACCGACUGAUGAAGGCAGAAGAACAGAGAGCGAGUCUCCAAAGCCAGUUAGAACUGAUGGAAGAGAAGGUUUCUCUCCAGAGCCAGGUGGACCCAGUUGUCCAGGAGAAGGUGACUCUCCAGAGCCAGGUGGACCCAGUUGUCCAGGAGAAGGUGACUCUCCAGAGCCAGGUGGACCCAGUUGUCCAGGAGAAGGUGACUCUCCAGAGCCAGGUGGACCCAGUUGUCCAGGAGAAGGUGACUCUCCAGAGCCAGGUGGACCCAGUUGUCCAGGAGAAGGUGACUCUCCAGAGCCAGGUGGACCCAGUUGUCCAGGAGAAGGUGACUCUCCAGAGCCAGGUGGACCCAGUUGUCCAGGAGAAGGUGACUCUCCAGAGCCAGGUGGACCCAGUUUUCCAGGAGAAGGUGACUCUCCAGAGCCAGGUGGACCCAGUUGUCCAGGAGAAGAUGACUCUCCAGAGCCAGGUGGACAAGGAGGUGGUUUCUCUCCAGAGCCAGGUGGACCCAGUUGUCCAGGAGAAGGUGUCUCUCCAGUGGGAGAUGGAGGAACAGAGAAGAGACUUCCAGAGACAGCUGGUGGCAACUCGGGACAAGAGUGAUGCAGAGACAGAACACUGGAGGAGACGGUACGAGGAGCUCUACACUAAGGUCAAGCCCUUCCAGGAGCAGCUGAAUGGGUUUGCUGCAGAACGGGACGUGCUACUGAAUGAGAAUGGGGCAAACCAGGAGGAGCUGACCCGGCUCGCGGACGCCUACGCUCGUCUGCUGGGCCACCAGAACCAGAAACAGAAGAUCAGACACGUGGUGAAGCUCAAAGAUGAGAACGUCUCCCUCAAACAGGAGCUGUCUAAGCUGCGUGCCCAGGUGUCUCGUCAGAAGGGAGGCCAGCCCCAACGCAGGGUUGACCCCAUCAAAACCUUGAACCACCUGGACAGCAAGGAGAACGAGCAGCCUGCUGCCGCACCUCUCAGACAGGGAAACCGCUGUUGAAAGGUAAACAAUGGACAGACCCUCAUAGAAAGCAUCAACUGUCCUGGGUGAACAGGACGCCUUCUGUUGAGUCAAGAGGAUGUCAUGGUCUUGCCUAAUAUUUAAUUGUCAUUUGAUACCAAAUGCUCUGAAAAGCUACUUAAUGAAUCUACAAGGGGGGUGGGGGUGUUUGCAACCCUGUACAUGUUUUAGCAGAAACAAAGGCCUUUAUCUUUCCAUCCUAUAGAGCAAUUAUGUCAGUACCAGCAUGAAACAUGCCCUUUUGCUACAGCAUUCAUAUUAAGCACAAUGUUUUGUUUGUUUCCUUCAACAUAACAUACAGUUCUGUAUAAUGCAAAUACACUGUACAUGUUUAGCUCUAUUCAUUUACAUUUACUUUGUUUGAUUAGACAUUCCCAUCUUAUUUCCAGUAGAUGGGAAUGUAAGUUCUCUCUUCACUGGUUUACCUUUUUACUUUCAUCCAACAGCCUGACUCUUGUAAAUAAAGCCCCACAUGUUCUCUCUUCCUUCACACUGAGAGAAGCGGGAGGAUUGUUUUAAAUAAAUGUAGGGAGUGUGUU